UUUGUAACUAAAAACCUCGAUUCCCAUUGGUCAGACUAUACAAAACAUCCACCAGUCACUUCCUUGAUAUGAUUGGUGAAGGCGGAGACCAUAAUUUAUUCCACUUGGCGAAACAGGUGAAUUUCGAAUUAUAAAAGAAAAAUUAUAAACAACGGCAGACGCCAGUUACGAUCAAACAUUCGAAACCGUACAAAAUGGAAGAAUUCAAGGCCAAAACAAGUCGAUACAGACACGAAAUUGAUCAGGCCGAGGAACGUGAAAAGGCCGCAAUAAAAAAACUCGUGUUCGCAAACCACGAGGCGGAUGAGAAGGAAAAGGAACGGGACGCACUAAAGAGGAGAAAACAUCUACUGGAACAAAAAUUAGAUGCAGUGGAAGAUCGAAUUUUCGAUAAAGAGAAAUUCUAUCGCGAAGAGCUUGGAAGGAAAGAGAGAGAAGAUCGGCAGCGAAAGAUUCUGGAUGAAUUGGAGGAGGAGGACGAACGCAAGUUUGAGAAGCUAGAAGCGGAGAUUAGGCGAUAUGAAAAUGCAGCCGAUUACAGCGAGCAUAAGUGUGCCGAGUGUCGGCGAAGGCUGCAGACUGUUACUCGUGAAACCGAGCGCUUUAAAAUGCGUUUGCGAGCUGCCGUCGGAAAAGGAAGGGAGUUGGAGGAGCAGAACAAAUUCGUGGGAAGGCAUUUACGGAAAUUGGAAAUUUCCGAAGAAAAACGGGGCGAUCGCGAGGAAGCCUUCGAAAAUAAAAUUCGUGAGCUCUGGCAACUAAGGAGAGAUGAGGAAAUGCGUUACGAGGCGGCUGAAAGGAAAAUCGGAAGACUGGAGGUGGAGAAAAGUGUGUUGAAGGAAAAGCUUUACGAGGAAACUCAGAAACUUGACGACGUGAAAUCCAUGAUGAAUGAGACCAUGAACGGUCUUGGCCGUUUCUGAGGUAUCCAACGAAUUAUUUACCACACAAACUAGAACACGAGAAAGUCAAUAAUGAACACUAGCUCGUUUGGAGCCGAGGAUUAACAACUUUUAGCAGCAUUCACAAAUCAGACCAUCUCGAAACUGAAAUAUUGGAUAACAAUGUGUUCACAGAAAUUGAAACUAAGCGAAAUUUAAAUGUUAUUUGCUGUUUUCUUCAUUUGAAAAUAAAUCGAGGAUAGCAAAUAUAAGUGUGUUAUGUAUGGAAAUUCUCCACGCCCUAUCGUCGAACGCGUUAACUUUUACCGUCUCCAGGGAUAAACGGCGGUAUUAAUAUUUCUAUGUUCUCCGGUAACUUUGAAUUUUUACCUAGCUCAGCUUAUGCAGAAAUAACAACAUCUUUAAUUUCUACAGCGAAGUGAAAAUAAAAAUUUAUAUUUCUGAGA